AUGGCUGACCAACUGUCGCAGCUGGAAAGCAGCAUAGAAACCAUCAUCAAUAUCUUCCACCAGUACUCUAUACGGCUGCAGCCCCCGGACACCCUGAACAAGAAAGAAUUCAAACAGCUGGUGAAAAAAGAGCUGCCAAACUUUCUCAAGAAGGAGACAAAGGAUGACAAAGCCAUUAACGAGAUCAUGGAGGACCUGGACACGGAUGUAGACAAGGAGUUGAACUUCCACGAGUUCUCCGUGCUGGUGGGCAAGCUGACGGAAGCCUCCCACGAGGAGAUGCACAAGACGGCGCCCCCAGGAGUAGGCCACAGGCACGGGCCAGGCUUCGGAGCAGGUGGUUCAGGCCACGGCCACAGCCAUGACAAUCACGGCCACAGCCAUGGCAAUCACGGCCACAGCCACUAA